AUGCCACCGCGGGCAGCGAGCAGCUCUGUCUCGCCCAAGAAGGGCACGUCGACCAAGCUGACAUCCGAUCCGACUCCCCUCGCCCUGCCCGCCCUCCUGAAGCUUCUCACCACCUCCGGACCGAAACCACCCCACCUCUCGAUGUCGCAAGCCAUUGCGGCUGCGUCGAAGCUCGUGCCGGGAGGCUACAUCUCCCACGCCAAGCUGCGGCUGUUGAACCAGGCGGACAUGGUCAAGCUGGGCAUCGCGGACGAGGAGAUCCGCAAGGGCUUGAUGGCGGUCAUUGGCAAGGGCGGCGGGAAAGGGUCGGGAGACUCGCCAGAGGUCAGGAAGAAGAGGACGAGGGAGAGCGACUUGGACAGGCCGCUGCCGACUAGGGCGCCGAAGGAAACGGUUGUCGACGAGGACUUUGACUUUGAGGAGAUUGAGGCAGAGGAGGCCCUCGCUCCAAAGGCAUGCCUCGUGAAUCGAGCACCGGUCAUGACGGCCUGGGCAUGCGUCGUUGCUGAGCGACUCGGUUUCCGGCGGCAAGAAGCGCUCAGCAUAGCCCACGUCUUCACCGACCUCAACGCGACCUCAAAGGGCGUCUCGCUCGGCUUGAUGGGUCCGGAAGCGCUCAAGGUCGAAGUCGGCCCGUCUCAACCUUUCGUCGACCUCCUCGGUCGCAAGGUCCCCGUCCUCUCGACGCAGACAGGCGAAUGGCGCGCAAUCUCGAAGGGCCAUGUCGCGGACCCAAGCAAGGCGUUUGCUUACAUGCGAGGCGCGUUCAGGCAGCAGCUCGGAGCGGUCGUCGGCGCUAUGCGCCUCCUUGCAGCUAGCUUCUCACCCAAGGAGCUCAAUGAGAAGGGCUACCACCUCUACCUCGACUUCCGCCCCGAGUCCGACGGCUGGGGCAAGAAAGCCGACUUGCGCAUGUCGAGCAUCCUCGACUUGCGACGACACUUGACACAUGGCGGACCGGCGAAAGAGGAGGAGGUGGAGGAUGACGGGGCGAGGGAGGUCAAGCGCGAAGAGGAGGGUGAGGACGGGGCGAUUGGGCAGGUUAAAGUCGAGCCAGAUGAGGAGGGCGCGCCGACUGCGAAGAGGGUCAAACGAGAAGAGGGGGAGGAGGAGGUCAAGCCGGAGGUAGCCGGGUUCGAUGGGGCGAAGGAGCCGGCAGGCGAGAAGGACGAGUUCGACGAGCUGCUCGACCAGGACGACGACCUCUUUGCAGCAGUCGACGUCUGA